CCUCAGUGCUGGACUGUGUAAUUCACUGGCGACUGCUGCAAUUGAACUCCCGCUCCGUAGUGUCUGACCACUGAUCUGCCUAGCUCAUCAGUUGCUCUCGCACCCUCAUGAUUUUGCGCACCGUCUCUUCUGAUUUUUCCGCUUCGUGAAGCGAAAUCGGUGCCGACAAUGCCAGUAGAGAUGUUCCGAAGCUGCUGUGCAACCCUAACACCCUUAGGCUGUCGCGGUUGUGAUAUACCGUAAACCAAAGCAUGGGCGGCCGAGGCCAUGCGCACGAAAUGUACGGGGGCGGGGAUCAUGUGGCGUCCGUGCCACCCCGCCCGUCGCGGCCAACCAACCACAGGAGAGUGCAAUCCGACACCAGCUUCCUCUUCGAUCAAGCACUGCAACCCCAUGCCACCGACUCACACGUGCAGCGCGCGUUAUCCGCGUCGCGCUACCGCCAGCAUUCGGCGUAUGCUUUGUCGGAGCAGCCGGUGAUCGAAGAGGACGAGCGCCCCAGCGAAGGCUAUUCGCCCACAUCCUCGCCGCCGCUAGCGCGCCGAUCCAAGUCUUAUUCUCGCGCCAGCGCGAAGGAACGCGCCGGCGGCAGGGACGACGACUGGGUCCGGGAGAGAUUGCGCGAACACGAGAGGGAGGUGGAGCAGGAAUGGCGCUCCGGUGAGCGAAUACGCGGGAGCUUUAAGGACCGAGACCGCGCGUCGCAUGCGAGUCGGCCUCGCGAGGCGGAGAAGGAGUGGGGCGCGGCGAAUGAACGCGCGGACGCGCAACGCAAUGGGAGCUUUCGCGAGAGGGAGAGGCAGCGGGCCGACGGGGCCAGCGGAAGCUUAUGGGAAAGGGAGGCGCAGGAGGAGGCAGCCAGGGAGCAUCUGAAGGAGAGCCACGGAGGAGAGCGCGGGAGGAGCUCGCACAAGGACGUGAGCGCGCAGGAUAGGGGGAGCGGAAUUCCGAGAGAUGAUGAUAGGGGGGGCAGGGGCGGGGUCGGACGGCUAGACCGAGGGCUUGUGGGAGGCAGUUUUAAGGACAGGGACCGCAUGGAGAGGGGCGGAGGUGGUAGCUUCCGGAGCAGGGAGAGGGUGGAUAGGGAGAGGGAGAGGGAACGGGAUAGGGAGAGGGAUAGGGAUAGGGAGAGGGAUAGGGAAAGGGAGAGGGAUAGGGAAAGGGAGAGGGAUAGGGAAAGGGAGAGGGAUAGGGAAGAGCGUAGCAGGCCUGGCGGAGCGAGGGAGGUUGAGCUUGGAGAUAAGGAGCGAGGGAGCUUGAGGGAAAGGGAGUGGGAGCGGGAGAGGGAGAUGGAGAGGGAGCGAGAGUGGGAAAGAGACAGGGACAGGGAGCGAGAGAGGGAGUGGGAGCGGGCGAGAGAAAGGGAUCAGUCGUCGCACCAGUCGCACCAGUCGUCGCACCAGUCGCAGCGCCUGUCGCAGCAAGGUGGGUCGUCCAGGCCGCAACAGAGAUCGGAUCGGGCUGACAUGCACCAGAGCAACCAGGGCUCUAGCCCCCCUCUGCACGCCCAGCAUCAGCGGCAGCAGCCGCACUCCCACCAGCAGCAGGCGGAAGGCGGUCUCUCCGCUGGUCCAGCUCAAGGCUUGCGCGGCUCUCCGCUCAAUUCCAAGCCGCGGGGGUACAGCGGAGCGAGCAGUGGGAGCGGCGGGCCUUCCCCCGACAGCAGCAAGCACGGGCCGUCGCCCAUGGGUCCCGACAUGCUGCGCGUGAUGAACCAGAGCAAUCGCCACCGUCGGAUCCGAUCGGAGGAUUGCUCCGCGUUCCACCACGUGCUGGGCAACGACCCCAGCUCUGCAGGCAGCAGCCCCUCGCACAUGCCCUCUGGGAUGGCAGGCGGCAGGGGGGCUCUGGGCAUGGGCAUGCAGGGGGGUGCCCGGGCUCUCAGCGCGAGUCACGGCGGUUCUGGGCCGGCCAGCAGUGCGGGAAGGUUGGGAGCAGGCAGCCAUAGCAGCGGCGGAGGCAGCGGCGGCGGCUCGGUGGACCAUGGGGCGCAGAUGCAGAUGCGCAAGGGGGAUGUGGGGGCGAGCGCCAACGGCGGAAAGGGCACCCCAGGGCAAGCAGGUGAGGCUGGGGAGAGGACCGGGGGCGAGAGGGGCAGUGCGGUUGAACGAGCAGCAGAGAGAGCGCCAGAAAGAGUGUCAGAGAGAGGGCCGGAGCGAGCGCCGGAGAGAGGGUCAGAGCGAGCGGCAGAGAGAGCGCCAGAGCGAGCGGCAGCGGGUAUGCCCGUGCUGGCGCGGGGCUUGGGCAGCCAGAAGGAGCGGCGGGGUGCGCGGUCAUCGCUGUUCCCGCCCUCGCACUCCGUGUCCUCUGUCCCCUCGUCCGACCAUGAGCGCUCGCAGGAGCGCCUCUCAUCCUCACGCGCAGGCGCGGGAGGGGGGGCUAGCAGGGAAACCUUGGGGGGCUCCCCUGACAGGCACAGCGGGGGACGAAGCGCAGCUGGGGGGGCGUCCGCGGGGCUGAAGGGAUCCGCGCUGGGGAGAGGGCGCGGGGCAGGGGGAAGGGGGAUCCUGGGGACGGCAGUGGAGGCGCUAGAGCAGCAGCAGCAGCGGCUGCGGCAGCAGCAGCAGCAACAGCAGCAGCAGUGGCAGAAGCUGCAAGGUGCUGUGGAUGCAGACGCGCGGGAGGGCGCGCAGGAGAAGGGGGAUGGCGGGGCGGGGAGGGCGCAUGGGGAGGACGACGGUAGGGGGAAGCCAUCCAGUGCUGUGGGGUAUGGAGACGGGAGCAAGAGCGCUGGCAGGCGGUCACUGGAUGCAGGGCUGCAGAGAGGCGCAGGGGGGAGCACAGGGGGGAGCGCAGGGGGAGGUGUGGGCGGAGCAGGCAGCGGGUCUGGGGCGCAUGAGGCGGCAGUGCGUGGGCGGGCGGGGCUCUUUGAACCCGACAUGGCGGGCGAGUCGAGACCGAGGAGUGGGGGGCAUGUGGGAGAUGCCAUGGGAACAGGUGGGAGGAGAACCAUCCGGCCUAGCCAGAGUGAGGGUGGGGCAGGGACAGUCGUGGAGACGUUUGGAGAAGCGGGGGAGGAGGCGGGGGCAAGGGGCUCACUGCAUGAUCCGCAGGGGCUGCUCGUGCGCAAGGGCUCCCAGGCACGCGCAGGGGCGUCAGGGGGGCUACAGACAGGGUCAGAAGACGUGUGGGAUCAGCAGGUGAAGCCUGUCAGGCGAAAGCCGGGCCACCAACGCUCCUACUCGCACUCCAUCUCCCCUCUCUCCUCCUCCCCCCCUCGUAUGAUCGGUUCUUCGUCAGUAGGGCACGUGGGCAUCGGAGCACCAGCAGGGGUGGGCGCGAGGGGAGGCUCAGGGGCGCAUUCCGCCUCCCCCCAGCCCAGCAGGCCCCCUCCUCGCAGCCCCCCACGCGCUUCCGUUGGACCUUCCCGCGCUGCUACAGCCCGUAGCACAAGUGGAAGCUUCCUGGCAAGUGCAGGAGCCGCAGUGGCGGCAGUAGGGGCGGAAGCUGGGUCUAGUUCCAGAAAGGCGCUUGCAGGAGGUGCCGGGGAGAGUGGAAACAGCGGCAGCAUCAGCGGCAGGGAGAGUAGCAGUGGAGGGACAGGUAGUAGCAUGGGAAUGGGAAUGGGCAUGGGCAUGGGCAUGGGCAUGGGCAGCGUCAGCAACAGGCAGAGGAGUGGGGAGGACCCCACGGGAGCAGCAGCAGCACGGUCGCGGCACCGCAGGAGCGAGAGUGCAGGCCCGGGGUACUUUGUCCCGGGCGCGGGCAUGUGGGGGGGCGCAGGGGGCAUGGCGCAUGGCAGCCGUGGCGCGGGCACUGGCAACAGCAGCAGCGGCACUGGCGGUGGCAGCGGGGGCGUCACUGGCAGCGGCGGCAGCAGCAGCAGCAGCGGCGGCAGCAGUGGCGGCAGUGGGAGCAACAAGGGGAUGUUUUCGUCUGCGUCGCUGGGUGAGUUGGGUGUGAACAGUCCGCGGGGCAGGGGCGUGGCAGUGCCAGCAGGCCGAGGCAGCAGCCCGCUCUCCAUGCCCUCCAAAGCCAGCACUGGGGGGAACGGGGGGAAGGCAACAGGCGCAGGAGGGGGAGGGGGAGGGGGAGGGGGAGGUGGAGGGGGAGGUGGAGGGGGAGGUGGAGGGGGAGGGGAGGGGGAGGGGGAGGUGGAGGGGGAGGUGGAGGGGGAGGGGGUGGGGGAGGUGGAGGGGGAGGGGGUGGGGGAACAUGGGGAGGGGAGGCGGAGAGGCCAGGCGGGGCGUCUGCAGGGGGGGGGCCUGGGAGCUCGUCCUCAGCGUCCACCUCGCCCUCCGCCCUGUCCCCUGAGUCCGUCCCCUCUAAAAGCAGCCUCUCUGUUCGCUCUAGCAAGGAGCUGAAGCCCCAUUCCGGCCCUUCCGGACCCGCCUC